UGAGCUCAGUUUAAAUGCCCUCGAGCGCAGCCACACUCGAGUUUAACAGCGCGAGCGAGUGCGACUUGAAUGCUCGAGGCAGCUGCUGGGGUCAGAGAACACCUGUUGCCACGGAGACGGAACCGGCGGGAAAGAAAUCACCACUAAAAUAAAACAGAACCCGCUGCCCGGCUUCCUUCAGACAUGUCGUCUCCAGUUCUGCUCAACCUGCUGCGAUGCGGUCGCUCCUCCAUCACCAGACAAACCUUCCUCACCGUGGGCGGGGCUUUGCUCGGGGUGGUGGGCGUGCGGCGGGCCAGCGGGUCGGCUCGCUUCGACAGCAGCGCCGGCGUCCGGCCGGUCACCUGGGACUCAUUCGGUAUCUGGGACAACAAGAUAGAAGAACCGAUACUGCUGCCCUCCAGUAUCAGAUAUGGGAGACCUAUUCCACAGGUCGGUCUGUCCCGGGUCGGCAGUGCGUCUGUUUUGGGUCUCAGGAAGCAGAACGAGGACCGUCUCCGUGUGGCCCGUAUCCACGACAACCUGCAGUACUUCGCCGUGUUCGACGGUCACGGCGGGCCGCACGCCGCCGACUACUGCUACACCUUCAUGGAGAAGUUUAUCAGAGAUGCUCUGGAGGACGAAGACGACCUGGAGAAAGUUUUGAAGAAAGCUUUUUUAGACGUUGACAAAGCGCUACACACACAUCUCAGCUACUUUAACAACGCCUUCUUCCUGACCGCCGGCACCACGGCGACGGUUGCUAUGCUACGUGACGGCGUGGAGCUGGUGGUCGGUAGCGUUGGCGACAGCCGAGCGUUGUUGUGCAGGAAGGGACGAGCCAACAAGCUCAGCAGAGAUCACACACCGGACCUGAAGGAGGAGAGGCUCAGGGUCCAGAGGUUGGGAGGCUUUGUGACGUGGAACAGCGCCGGUGUGGCCCACGUCAACGGGCGCCUCGCUAUGACUCGCAGCAUCGGAGACUUCCACCUAAAAAGCAGCGGCGUCAUCGCUGAGCCGGACACGCAGCGACUCACCGUCCAGCACGCCACCGACUCUUUCCUCGCUCUGACCACCGACGGCAUCAACUUCCUGCUCAGCGACCAGGAGAUCUGUGAUGUCAUCAACCAGUGCCAAGACCCAACAGAGGCUGCAAACAUCAUCGCUCAGCAGGCGUUGCAGUACGGCUCGGAGGACAACGCCACCAUCAUCGUUGUCCCGUUUGCAUCCUGGGGGAAACGCCAGUGCUCCCCCGCCGUCUACAGCAUGAGCCGAAACUUCGCUUCAAGUGGGAGAUGGGCGUAAACUUCACACACGAAUCAUCACUGAGUUUUACAACUUUUUCAAUCUUUUCAAAUCUGUAGAUCAGGAUUGAGUGGCUUGAGUUUUGGUUUCAGUGUAAAUAGAAUGUAUAUUCAUAUAUUGUACAGAGACAAAAACAUUUCUUAUCCCUCUUGUGUUUCUGUCACAUUGACGGCAGAUUGUCAAUUUUCACAAACUCAAAUUCUCCAUUUUACGUCACUUGUACUCCACUACAUCUUAGAGGAGAAUAUUGUACUUUAAAAAACAUUAGCUUAAUAAAUAAGGGAAAAAAAUCAAUAAAAAUGUGAAAGUAAUAUAUAGAAUAAAUAAAGUGAUUUAUAUGCAACUAAUAAAUAAAUAAAUAUUUUUUAUAUAUGUAAAGACAUAAAUGAACAAAUAAAUGUGACUUCUUCCACCGCUGCUCGUCAGGAAAUUCAGUUUUUGAGUUUUGAGUUCAGUUUGGUGUUAAAAUAAAAUGUUAUGUUACUGAACUGUUAAUUUUGUAUCUGCCAGAUUUAAUCCUAACACACGUUACAGAAACGUAAAUUAAUCUAAACGUAAAAUAAAUUAACAACUCGGAAGUGACAAAGAAAACAUGUCAAAUACUACAUGAAGAAAUAAAAGCCAAAGUAAAACUGCAGCUUGUGAAUCGUUCUGUGUUGUUGUUUCAUUUCUUAGUGCGACUGAACAGCUCAACCAAACUGUCCUGUAGACAUUAAUAAAGUUUAGUUACAAAUUCUUUGAGAUAAAAGUCUGAAAAAAAGCUAAAAUCUGAGAAAAUAUAAACAUCAUUUUGUGUAUUUUAAGAUUUUCUGUAUUUACAGUAAAACUCUACGAUUGUGUCAACGUGAAGUGAGCGAGACCCUGAAACCUUUGACCCCUGACCUUUGACCCCCCUCUGGAGAGGCUCUGUGUGCAGAGAGGAAUAAAGUUUGACUUGUUGAACUUCA